AUGUUUGAGAAUGAUGGCGCGUCGGACAGCGAGUGGCGCUGGGAGGAGCCGGGCAGCCCCGCGGCCGCGCACACGCCGCGCUCCUUCGUGCCCGCCGCCUGCUUCCCCCCGAGGCACCCCCGCGCCUUCGCCAGCUAUAGACGCUCGAGAUUUACCGAUGCCUCUACUUGCAGCGAGAACGCGCGGCCCGGCGGCUGGGAGGACUCCGGACAAGUCAUUAUGGACCUUGCCACCUCUUUGAAGGCCAUGGCGAUGCCGACCAGCAGCGAGCGUUCGGUGCCGCCGCACACCGCGAUCGGCUACGACGCGCUCGACAACACGGUGGACCCGCCGUGGCCGCCGCGCGCGCCUGCCUCGCGCAACGAGAGAAACCUGCCAAGGCGCGCCUCUUUCUGCGGCGUGUUAGGCGGCUCCGGCGGCGAGCUGGGCGGCGCCAGCGGUGGUGGCAAAGCGGCCCGCUGGGCGGGCCGGCUGCCGGCGCGCUGCACCGACCCCAGCGCCGGUUUCUCGCCCAAGGUCUUCCUGGGCGGGCUGCCCUACGACAUCACUGAGCACGCGCUCAUGUACGCGCUGAGGCAGUUCCAUCCCGUCAGGGUGGAGUGGCCAGGGCGCGAGGGCAGCGGGCCCGGCGGCGGCGCAGGCGGCGGCUCGCCCCGGGGCUUCGCCUACGUCACGCUGGAGAGCGAGCGCCGCGUGCGCGCGUUAUUGGAGGCGUCACGCCGCGAAGGCAAGGACUGGUACUACCGCGUCGUCUCGCGCAAGUUCCGGGCCAAAGAUGUGCAGGUGAUCCCGUGGGCGGUGUCGGACGCCAACUGGGUGGAGGGCGGCUCAGUGCGGCUGGAGCCGGCGCGCACAGUGUUCGUGGGUGCACUGCACGGCAUGCUCAGUGCGUCCGCGCUCGCUACCAUCAUGAACGACCUGUUCUCGGGAGUUGUUUAUGCUGGUAUCGACACGGACAAGAACAAGUACCCGAUCGGGUCUGGGCGCGUGACGUUCAACAACGUGCGCUCGUACGUGCGUGCCAUAUCCGCUGCCUACGUCGAGAUCUUCACCGACAAGUUCUCUAAGAAGGUGCAAGUGGACCCGUACCUGGAGGACUCGAUGUGCUCGGUGUGCAACCUGCAGCAGGGGCCCUACUUCUGCAGGGAGCCCAUGUGCUUCAGAUACUUCUGCCGCUCGUGCUGGGUGUGGCAGCACUCGGGCGACGAGCACAAGCCGCUGAUGCGCAACUCCAAGGCAGCGCCGCGUGCGCCCGCGCCGUCGCACCACGCGCGCCAGCCCGACUCUGCCUACGGCUGCUCCUACGCGCUGCCUAGCGAGGGAACCCCGUCCCCUGCAACAAGCGGCACAAGUGGCGCGAGCGAGUUAGACGCCGCGCCUCCAGAAGAUUCCACGGACGCUGCCUGGCCUCCGCACUAG